AUGGCGACUUCCGACGAAACCAAGGGCCUUCGCCCUCCGUCGACCACGAUCGCGACUGACAUGACUCAGUUGGUCGGCAAGACCCCCAUGGUGUAUUUGAACAAAGUGACUGAAGGAUGUGUGGCCAACAUUGCGGCCAAGCUGGAGAUUAUGGAGCCCUGCUGCAGCGUCAAGGAUCGUAUCGCCGUGAGCAUGAUCACAGACGCGGAAGAGAAGGGACUCAUCACUCCAGGCAAGAGCGUGCUGGUGGAGCCGACGAGUGGCAACACGGGCAUCGGACUCGCCUUUGUGGCGGCAGCGAGGGGCUACAAGCUCACCCUCACCAUGCCCGCCUCCAUGAGCCUCGAGCGCCGCGUGCUGCUGCGCGCGUUCGGGGCGGAUCUGGUUCUGACAGACCCCGCCAAGGGCAUGAAGGGCGCGAUUGCCAAGGCGGAGGAGAUUGUGGCGAGCACUGAAGGCGCUUACAUGCUGCAGCAGUUUGAAAACCCGGCCAAUCCCAAGGUGCACUUUGAAACGACGGGUCCUGAGAUCUGGGAGGGCUCCAACGGACACGUGGACAUUCUGGUGUCGGGGAUUGGCACGGGAGGCACAGUCACAGGUGCUGGAAGGUUCCUCAGGAGCAAGAACCCGGAUGUGAAGCUCGUGGGGGUGGAGCCCAAGGAAAGCCCUGUGAUCUCAGGUGGAAAGCCAGGCCCGCACAAGAUCCAGGGCAUCGGUGCCGGUUUUGUGCCGGGAGUGCUGGAUGUGGGGCUGCUGAGCGAAGUGGUGCAGCAAUCAAGUCAAGUGAAACACUUCGGAGUGCUGGAUGUGGGGCUGCUGAGCGAAGUGGUGCAGCCAGGAGUGCUGGACGUGGGGCUGCUGAGCGAAGUGGUGCAGGUAAGCUAUUCUCUUAGAGCAACUAGGGUAGAUGGGUACAGCUACUCGAAAGUGCCAGGAGUGCUGGACGUGGGGCUGCUGAGCGAAGUGGUGCAGGUAAGCUAUUCUCUUAGAGCAACUAGGGUAGAUGGGUACAGCUACUCGAAAGUGUCAGGAGUGCUGGACGUGGGGCUGCUGAGCGAAGUGGUGCAGGUAAGCUAUUCUCUUAGAGCAACUAGGGUAGAUGGGUACAGCUACUCGAAAGUGCCAGGAGUGCUGGACGUGGGGCUGCUGAGCGAAGUGGUGCAGGUAAGCUAUUCUCUUAGAGCAACUAGGGUAGAUGGGUACAGCUACUCGAAAGUGCCAGGAGUGCUGGACGUGGGGCUGCUGAGCGAAGUGGUGCAGGUAAGCUAUUCUCUUAGAGCAACUAGGGUAGAUGGGUACAGCUACUCGAAAGUGCCAGGAGUGCUGGACGUGGGGCUGCUGAGCAAAGUGGUGCAGGUAAGCUAUUCUCUUAGAGCAACUAGGGUAGAUGGGUACAGCUACUCGAAAGUGCCAGGAGUGCUGGACGUGGGGCUGCUGAGCGAAGUGGUGCAGGUAAGCUAUUCUCUUAGAGCAACUAGGGUAGAUGGGUACAGCUACUCGAAAGUGCCAGGAGUGCUGGACGUGGGGCUGCUGAGCGAAGUGGUGCAGGUAAGCUAUUCUCUUAGAGCAACUAGGGUAGAUGGGUACAGCUACUCGAAAGUGCCAGGAGUGCUGGACGUGGGGCUGCUGAGCGAAGUGGUGCAGGUAAGCUAUUCUCUUAGAGCAACUAGGGUAGAUGGGUACAGCUACUCGAAAGUGUCAGGAGUGCUGGACGUGGGGCUGCUGAGCGAAGUGGUGCAGGUAAGCUAUUCUCUUAGAGCAACUAGGGUAGAUGGGUACAGCUACUCGAAAGUGCCAGGAGUGCUGGACGUGGGGCUGCUGAGCGAAGUGGUGCAGGUAAGCUAUUCUCUUAGAGCAACUAGGGUAGAUGGGUACAGCUACUCGAAAGUGCCAGGAGUGCUGGACGUGGGGCUGCUGAGCGAAGUGGUGCAGGUAAGCUAUUCUCUUAGAGCAACUAGGGUAGAUGGGUACAGCUACUCGAAAGUGCCAGGAGUGCUGGACGUGGGGCUGCUGAGCGAAGUGGUGCAGGUAAGCUAUUCUCUUAGAGCAACUAGGGUAGAUGGGUACAGCUACUCGAAAGUGCCAGGAGUGCUGGACGUGGGGCUGCUGAGCGAAGUGGUGCAGGUAAGCUAUUCUCUUAGAGCAACUAGGGUAGAUGGGUACAGCUACUCGAAAGUGCCAGGAGUGCUGGACGUGGGGCUGCUGAGCGAAGUGGUGCAGGUAAGCUAUUCUCUUAGAGCAACUAGGGUAGAUGGGUACAGCUACUCGAAAGUGCCAGGAGUGCUGGACGUGGGGCUGCUGAGCGAAGUGGUGCAGGUAAGCUAUUCUCUUAGAGCAACUAGGGUAGAUGGGUACAGCUACUCGAAAGUGCCAGGAGUGCUGGACGUGGGGCUGCUGAGCGAAGUGGUGCAGGUAAGCUAUUCUCUUAGAGCAACUAGGGUAGAUGGGUACAGCUACUCGAAAGUGCCAGGAGUGCUGGACGUGGGGCUGCUGAGCGAAGUGGUGCAGGUAAGCUAUUCUCUUAGAGCAACUAGGGUAGAUGGGUACAGCUACUCGAAAGUGCCAGGAGUGCUGGACGUGGGGCUGCUGAGCGAAGUGGUGCAGGUAAGCUAUUCUCUUAGAGCAACUAGGGUAGAUGGGUACAGCUACUCGAAAGUGCCAGGAGUGCUGGACGUGGGGCUGCUGAGCGAAGUGGUGCAGGUAAGCUAUUCUCUUAGAGCAACUAGGGUAGAUGGGUACAGCUACUCGAAGUGCCAGGAGUGCUGGACGUGGGCUGCUGAGCGAAGUGGUGCAGGUAGAGUGCUGGACUGGGGCUGCUACUCGAAAGUGCCAGACGUGCUGCUGAAAGUGGUGCUAUUCUCUUAG